CUCCCCUCACGCUGGUCUUGUUUCCUGACUUUGUUCCCGCCACCAUCCACGCUUCCCAACGCCAUUCACUCUUUUAUUGCGUAUUCUAUCCAAAUAUACAGACAAUUACUUUUGCAAUUAUAUUGUCCAACACUCUUGCACUACCCUUCCACCCCAGCGGAUUCCUACUCGUCAUCGUCUCAUGCGCGCCCGGUAAAUCCGACGACCCGAAACCGAUUCAUCACCAACCUCUGGGCUUGGCCGGCUCACCGUUUUACCUCGAGUAGGCGGCUCUGCCCAAUACACACAUACACUUGCUGGCCCUUUCUGCUGCAGUGUGAUUUGUCGGUCGAGAGGCGCCGGCUUCACAAAGCAGAAUGGGUCGCAACGACGAGCAUCCCGUCGAACCCAUCGACUCUUUCACCUCCUCCGCCGCCAUCCGAAACCACGACACAGGAGCCAACAUUCCUGAGUUGGAACCCGUGGUAGACAUUACGGCAUCACAGAAAAUGAUUUCAGCCAUGUCAGGCAGCUUGUUGACAUCGUUGCUAGUCACUCCUCUUGAUGUCGUCCGUGUUCGAUUACAAUCACAGCCCAUGACGAUAGCCGGCAUGAACUCGUACAAAUUCGCUAUUCCGGCCGGCCAUGUCGGCGCGAUACCGACAGCGGAGCUCGGAGUGACGGCGUGCUGCCGUGAGGUCUUCUUUGCUGGUAACACGGCAGAGAUGUGUCUCGCUGGUCCCCGAAUCGACGGUAUUGCUGCCAGUGCUGCUACUGUACCGCAUGAUUGCGUUGUAGAGGAGACACAAAAGAAGACAUACAAGUCUACAUACGACGGACUACGAAAGAUUGCGCGCAACGAGGGUUUUACGACACUAUGGAGAGGAUUGUCACCGACUCUUGUCAUGACCAUCCCCGCCAACAUUAUCUACUUUACUGGUUACGACUGGCUACGCUUCAACAAAGCUAGUCCCUUCUCCAAACUCUCCUCCGACUAUGCUCCCCUGACCGCUGGCUCCGCGGCCCGCAUCCUAGCUGCCACCGCCGUCGGACCGAUCGAACUCUUCCGAACACGCAUGCAGGCCGCCCCUAGCGCCUCCAAGUCCAACCACUUCUUGGAUACUUUGACUGACGUCCAGAACAUGGUCAAGACACACGGCUACACUUCGCUGUGGCGUGGCUUGACCCUGACGCUGUGGAGAGAUGUGCCCUUCUCCGGUUUGUACUGGUGGGGUUACGAGUUUAUUCGUGGCCGCUUGACGGAUUUGCGUCAGGAGCGAGAGGGUAGAAGCCUUUCUCGUGAAUCUCGAUCUGAUUCCCGUCGACGAUCACAGAGUGCCGAAAACACCCGCGACACCUUUAUCGACGCUGCCACUGCUGGUGCUUUGUCCGGCGCCUUUGCUUCUGUAGUCACAACGCCUUUUGAUGUCGGCAAAACACGAACUCAGGUUUAUACAGACGGCCCUAAGCGUGCUGCAGCCGCAGGUGCGCAGGCUGUUGCACCAGAGGAGCAAAACAUGCUGCGACUCUUGUGGCACAUCUUCAAGACUGAAGGCGCUGCGGGACUCUUCCGGGGCUGGAUUCCACGAAUGCUCAAGGUGUCGCCGGCAUGUGCCAUUAUGAUUUCCAGCUACGAGGUUGGCAAGACGGCCUUUCGCGGAAUCAAUGAGCGAGCUCGUUUGAAUAAACCUGAAGCUCAACCCUAAACACGACACAACAACUUCAACACCGCCAUAAUUCCUCCUCCUCAUAUUACUACUGCACAAUCCCCAUUUAACACCAAGGGGCAAAUUUCUACUCUGCAUUCACUUUCAGCAUAUUUGUAUUUUCUUUUUGGCGUUGGCACACAUAAAAUAACCAUGAGGCUGUCACAAGCCCUUGUGGGGGAAUGUUUAUAUUGGCCAUUUUCUGCAUUAUAUAAUGAACAGGUGUGUGAUGUAAGAUAGCGACUACGAAGCUUAUAAAUACUAUAAAAUUUUAAAUAUUU